AUGACGUCGUUCCCCGGCCGAGGCCCGCCGGCGUCGCGGCCGCCCGGCAUCGACAGCGACAAGUGCGACAUGCGCGCGCUCGCCAAGGCGGGAGGGGAGUUCCUCGAGGCCGGCAACGGCGUGCGCGUCGGCGGAUGGCGCGUGGAGACGAAGACGACGCCCAUCUUGGGCAAGGAGCGGCUCGACGCGCUCGAGGCGUCGCUCGGGACGUCGCACCUCCCGGAGAUGGUGUUCGGCAGCCGUCUCGACCUGACGCACGAGGCGAGCGGGACGACGAUCCACUUCAACGCGGAGUGCGCGCUGAGGGAGUGGCUGGAGGAAGGGCUGCCGCCGCUGAAGGUGGCCGCCGCCGCGGUGUGGGCGCGCGGGCACGAGCGGCGGUUCGGCGGCGGCAUGCCGGGCGCGCGAUCAGCCGCGGAUCGAUUCGCCGUCGAAAAAACGGAGAAGAAGAAGAAGCCGAUCCCGGGCGGCGCGGCGUGGGACGAGCGCGAGGACGCGGAAGCGUACGACUGGACGUUCACGACGCCGUACCGCGGUUCGCUGAUGACACGAGCGGAUGGUGGCGCGCCGUCCGCGAGUGGGUGGACGCCCACGGAGCUGCGCGUCGACCGAGGGAUGCUCAUGGAGCGCGACCCGAUCUUGUUCUUCGACGAGCUCACGCUGUACGAGAGCGAGCUCGACGACAACGGCGAGAUGUCCGUGACGCUGAAAGUCCGCGUGAUGCCCAAGUGCUGGUACGUGCUUCUCAGGCACUGGAUGCGUGUGGACGGCGUGCUGUUGCGCCUGAGGGAGACGCGGCUGUUUCACAAGAUGGUCGGCGCGGAGGGCGCGGCUGGCGCGGCGGGUACAGCUGUCGUCGUCGUGCGAGAGAGCGCGCGACGGGAGGAGACUUUCGAGGGGCUUCGCGCGCGCGGGGCGCCGUGCGAGCCGGGGCAGUACCCGAACGCGGAGGAGGCCGCGAGCGUGUUGUUAGCCGCGGGCGGACCCGUCGCGAUGGAACACCACGCGUUGACGUUGUGACGACGCGGCGAGCUCCCUUAGACUACGUAUGUAUUGACCGCAAUCUGUCUG